AGUUCCCAGAGUGCACUGCGUGGUAUUUCGCCGCGAUGGGGCGCGUCGGCUUUGGAAGAAGUCUAUUAAAGUAAAUGCUGAGUAAAUGCAUUACGUACUUUGUAAAACAUAAAUAGUAAAGUUUAAGUGCACGUAUAGUUUUCUUAGAUUAUUUCAGAAGUACAUCAUGCUUGUCAAGUUACGAAGAAACUGACUGCUACCGCCAGAUUGGAGUCCGGCCGCUUUAUUGGCUUUAUUGCCAAAAUUUACCAUACCUCCUGCAUGGCGUAGGGAUUUGUUCGAUUUGUUAUGCGGCUUGAUCGGCUUGAUUUCGGAGUGUGAGGCGUUGACGCGACUAUACGUAUUUUUUUGUGAGAAUUGAUCGAAGCACGGCCCCAUCGAAAACCAAAGGAAGAAACAUGACGGAAGGCCAACAACCGAGCUUGAAGGCGAUUUACACGUCGGAGGCGUCUGGCAACGACGAGUCCGGCGACGGAUCUGAGGAGCGUCCGGUGAGGACACUUCUGCAGGCAAUGAAGAUAGCGGGAAGUGAGCCUUUCCCCACGAUCUACGGAGACGGCAAAGACGACGAGCGAUGGACGGUGGUGUCCCAGUCGCAGAUCAAGAAGGUGAAGAAGAUUUGGGUGCGGGAGCAGUACAAGAGCGCCGACCGGGAGAAGAAGGAGGCGGACGACAGCGCCCGGCGGGAGAAGAACCUCGAGGAGGCCAAGAAGGUCGUCAUCCGCAUGGACCCCAGCCUGCCCGCACCUGUCCAGAUCAAGGUGCGGGACGCCUCGGCCCACCGGGGCAAGCGGGUGAAGCUGUUCGGCUGGGUGCACUUCCUGCGGCGCCAGGGGAGGUCCCUCAUGUUCCUGCUUGUGAGGGACGGCACGGGCUUCCUGCAGUGCGUCCUCAACGACGAGCUGUGCCACACAUACAAUGCGCUGGUGCUGACCACGGAGUCGACGGUGUGCGUCUACGGCGUUCUGAAGGCCGUCCUUGAAGGAAAGACGGCACCGGGAGGGCACGAGCUGCACGCCGAUUACUGGGAGUUGGUUGGCGACGCACCAGCCGGGGGAAUCGACAACGUGCUGAACGAGGAAUCGCACGUGGACAUCAUGUUGGACAACCGCCACCUGGCGAUUAGGGGCGACACGCACUCCAAGAUCAUGUUCGCCAAGUCGGCAGUGAUGCAGUGCUUCCGGGACUACUACUUCAGCAAGCACUACGUGGAGGUGAUUCCGCCCACCAUGGUGCAGACGCAAGUCGAGGGGGGCUCCACCCUUUUCUCUUUCAACUACUUCGGGGAGGAGGCAUACCUGACGCAGUCGUCGCAGCUGUACCUGGAGACGGUCAUUCCAUCCCUGGGUGACGUCUUCUGCGUCGCACAGUCGUACAGAGCCGAGCAGUCGCGGACUCGGCGACACUUGUCCGAGUUCACGCACAUAGAGGCAGAGUGUCCUUUCCUGACUUUCGACGAGUUUUUGGACCGGAUUGAGGACCUUGUGGUGGGGGUCUGCGAGCGCAUCCUCAAGUCGCCGGCCGCAGAGGCCGUCCUCGAACUCAACCCGGAGUUCAAGGUGCCCGAACGCCCGUUCCUGCGGAUGCAGUAUUCGGAAGCGAUCGAGUACCUGCGGUCCCACAACAUCACCAAGGAGGACGGGACGUUCUACGAGUUCGGCGACGACAUUCCCGAGUCGCCGGAGCGACAGAUGACGGACCAAAUCAACCGGCCCAUUCUGCUGUGCCGCUUUCCCGCCGAAUUGAAGGCAUUCUACAUGCAGAAGUGUGCGGACGACCCGCGGCUGACUGAGUCGGCGGAUCUUCUGAUGCCCGGUGUAGGGGAGAUUGUGGGCGGUUCCAUGAGGAUGUGGGAUGCCGAGGAGCUCGUGCAGGCCUUUCAGCGGAAAGGCAUCGACCCCACGCCCUACUACUGGUACAUUGACCAGCGCAAGUACGGCACCUGCCCCCACGGCGGGUAUGGGAUGGGCUUCGAGCGCUUCGUCACCUGGGUGCUCAAGAGGCACCACAUCCGGGACGUCUGCCUCUACCCGCGCUUCGUGGGGCGCUGCAAACCUUGAACACUCCAGCUUCGCCAAAUAAAAUAAAAAUAUGUUGCACAACUAC